GUAAGAAAAGGUUCAAUAAACAAGCAUGGCCGGCAUUGGAAAGGCAUCGACAUUAUGGUCUUCAACACGUAUCUCUGGUGGAUGACAGGCCUCAAGAUGAAGAUCUUAAAAGGGUCUUUUGAUGAUGAUGAUAAGGAGAUAGUUGAGGUCACAAUAGAGGAUGCAUACCGUAUGGCAAUGAGAAGUACGCUGAGAUGGGUGAGGAAAAACAUGGAUCCCAAGAAGACAAGGGUCUUCUUCACCAGCAUGUCUCCUACUCAUGCAAAGAGUAUGGAGUGGGGAGGUGAAGAGGCGAAAAACUGUUACAAUGAAACAACAUUGAUAGAGGAUCCAACAUAUUGGGGAUCGGAUUCUAGGAAGAGCAUAAUGAAAGUGAUCGAAGAAGUGUUCAGUCAAUCAAAGUUUCCCAUUACAUUCCUUAACAUCACGCAGUUGUCCAGUUAUCGAAAGGACGCACACACCUCCAUUUACAAGAAGCAGUGGAGUCCACUAGCUGAAGAGCAGCUGGCCAACCCUGUUAGCUAUGCUGAUUGUGUGCACUGGUGCUUGCCUGGCCUUCAAGAUACUUGGAAUGAGCUUCUCUUUACCAAGCUCCUCUAUCCUUGACCUCACGUAACAACGUUGAAAAUAAAAUAAUCCUACUAAGUGAUUACAUUGAUUCUUUUUCCUGCUAAUUAAGUUUUAUUACUGGUGGCUUAUGUCCCAUUUCCAGGUUCAAUUGUGAAGGUCUGUCUAUUAAAAAAAAAAAAAGUGA